UUCCGCAAAAUCGGUUAGAGGGCAACACUAAACACACACAGUGACACAAAACGGACGGCAUUUUUGUUUUUCUUAAUUUUGAGUUGUUUAAUCAUGGAAAAGAGAAUAGCACUGGAAAAACGCGGAAGAACCGAAGAUCAGAUUACGGAGCUCAACUUGGACAAUUGUCGGAGCACGAGCAUAGAGGGACUCACGGAUGCCUUCACGAACCUCGAGUCGUUGAGUCUCAUCAAUGUCGGGCUCGUUUCCCUCAAAAACUUCCCCAAGCUGAAGAGCUUGAAGCGUCUCGAGCUAUCCGAUAACAGAAUUUCGAAUGGCUUGGACAACAUUACGUCGUGCGAGAGUAUUAAAAGCUUAAAUUUGUCCGGGAACAGAAUCAAAGAGAUUUCAGAAUUGCUUCCCUUGGCAGAACUCAAAGAAUUGGAAGUCUUGGACUUGUUCAACAAUGAAGUAACGAACGUCGCCAACUACAGAGAGAAAAUUUUCGACGCUAUUACGUCUCUCAAAUAUCUCGAUGGUUACGACAAAAAUAACGAAGAGGCUCCUUCUGACGCCGAAGAUGACGACGCUAACCAUGUCGAGGACGAAGAAUCAGAGAACGAAAAUGAAGAGUCGGAAGACGAUGAAGUUGGUCUCUCAGCGGUUUAUAACGAAGAGUUAGAAGACGAUAGUGACGAGUAUAAUGGCGAGGAAGGAGACGACGAUGAGGACGAUGAAGAAGAGGAAGGUGUGGAUGAUGACACAGAUGAAGAUGAAAAUGAGACACGUGGUACGAAGAGAAAAGCCGCUGACGAAUAACGAUGAUUUGAUUAGAUUUAAAAAAGAAAAAGUAAAAAUUGUUGUACACGAUUAAAUCAAAAAAAGAGAAAAAAAACAACUUCUAAUAAAAAAAAAUCAGUUUUUUACUUAAAUUUUGA